UAAAUUACCCGGGGCGAUUUUUCCAUAGUAACGUUACAUAUUUCCUCGAAUUAAAACUUUAUAUAAAAAGGUAACAUCGAUUUUCAAAAAGUGUGAAUUUGUUUUAAUAGCAUAAGGACAUACAUAAUUUAUCAUGGGCAGGUUUCUGGUUGCUGAACGGUUAUUUCUUGGAUUAACUAAUGCAGUCUUUCUGUUUUUUGGAGCAGCUUUGACCAUUUUUGGAUUUCUCCUUCAAUUUGUAGAGGCGUUUAACAGUUAUUACUCGAACACUAUAGUUAGUUUAGAGACAUCGUUAUCCGCCGCUGGAUUUUCAACUCGUACAUUAGACUUCAGUCUGUCAGAGUUUGCCGGCUACUUGCCCUUGGCUUUAAUGGUCAGUGGAGUGUUGAUAUGCAUUAUAUCGUUCCUUGGAAUUUUGGGUGCUACAAGAGAAAUAACGUGGGUUCUCCUGACCUAUGGUGUGAUACUUAUUGUAUUGAUGAUAACACAGAUUAUUACCUUGUCCAUCUUCUACUAUCAACCGGAACUGUUCACAGAUCCAAUUAAAGAUUCCUUAAAGUCAAAGAUAAAAUCAGAUUAUAAAGGCCUAAAUGGAACCAAUUCUGUAUCUAUUGGUUGGAACUUCGCUCAUCAAAAGUUUUCUUGCUGUGGCGUCGACAGCUAUCAUGAUUUCAUGGGAGCCACGAAAUGGGUGCGUUUUUAUACAGAUGUGAACGUCCUAGGAACACCAAUUAGCUGUUGCAGAACCUUACCAACAUCAAAAGACUUUACCUGUGCCAGACAUCCAUUGUCGGGCACAAGUAAUAACUUCCACAAGGGAUGUUUUAAUGCGAUGUGGAAUAUGGUUGUAGGCAACCUUGCAGUAACAGUUCCUAUUUUAUCUGUUUGUUUAUUAAUACAGAUAAUAUUCAUUAUAAUUACUAUAGCUAUAGUGUACGCAAAUAAGAAUGACGAUAAGAAAGAUGAAUACAAGAAAUUCAAGCCAAGUAGUGAUGACAGUUUCUUGGAUAUAUCUACAUGGAAAACUAAAUUGUAAAAACUAUGUUUACUCUGCUCAUAAAAACAUGACUGUAUGCGUUACACAUGUGGUCUGCUAUUCUGAGAAAAUAUGAAGUUGAAGUCAAGUAGGGAUGACAGUUUCUUAGACAGUUCUACAUGGAAAACACUAUUUUGUAAAAACUAUGUACCCUGCUCACAACUAUACACGAAUGAAUGCGUUACACAUGAGGUCUGCUGAUAGUGUUUAUUAAAAUGAAAUACAUGUACUUGUAUAUUUU